AUGCUGGUAUUCUCCUUAAUUACUCUGGUGGCUUUCACGGGCUGGAGCCACCCGGCGGCAGCACAAUUCCGCCCUCCAUCUCAUCACUGGCCUGGACACGGAGGCUCUGCUGGUCCUUCCUUGGCCGAUCUAGCCUUGGAAAAGGUGCUUGAUGAUGCAUCGCCCGUCUUCGGUAUUUCUGAUGACAACGUUUCUUCCACGGCGACGUGGAUGCGAGCCUACAGCGAUGACACACCUAUUGUACAUCUCAACAUCCCGGGAACCCACGACGCUGCAACAUGGAACUACUCUCUUGCGACUCAGCAAGCCUUGAAGCCAGUCACAGACCUGGCCAACAUCACCGAAGUCGACCCAUCGUUCUACAGAUGCCAGGAUAUGUCCAUGGUCCGCAUGCUCGAUGCUGGAAUUCGGGUGUUCGAUCUGCGCUAUGCGUAUGAUGUGACCAAGACUAGUCUUGUGUUCUGGCAUGGAACAGCUUUGCAAUCCGAGACCGCUACCGUGGAAGAUAUUCUGUUCGGCUUCUUCAAUUGGCUUGAUGAGCACCAAAGCGAAGCGUUGUUCUUGUCCUUCCAACACGAGGGUGGAAAUGACGAUGCUGGUACUCAGAGGCUACUAUACGACGCCCUGACCUCGCCUGCCGCGAAGCAAUACAUUCUGCAAACCAGAGGCACAAUCGGCACGCUCGGUCAGGCACGUGGGAAGGUCACUCUACUCCGCCGGUUUGAUCUCAAUCUACUUCCAGCCUCGUACGAAGCAACUAUUCCCGGCAUUCACUUCUCCCCCAAUGACUGGACAGACAACGGGCCCAACAUCACGCUCGUCUACAACCAAACCAGCGGCGGCACAGCAUACAUUGAGGACUACUACCAGCCUCUCACUCCACAGGGAUCAAGUGCUGAAGAGAACAUCCGUUGGAAGGUCAACGCUACAGAAGCGCACCUCAGAUUCGCCGGAGAAAGUCACAGCGAUUCCCUCUUCUGGUCUUUUGCCUCAAGCACAAACACGGGCAACUCUCCCCCAGACACCCCCGAAAUCCAGGCCCUGGGUAACGGAACAUCAACACCAAAGGGUGGCGUCAAUCAACAGCUUGUACCGUUCCUGAAGACCAUGCAGGGUAAGAGGUUGGGGAUCUUGAUGUUUGACUUCUUUGAGGAGCCAGAAGAGUUGGUGCCAUUGUACCUGAGCUUGCUACGUCCUAGCAAGGCGAGGAGCUAUUCUUAA